AUGCCGUCGCUGGCCGCGCGCCUGGCUGCGGCCGUGAUGCUGCUGAUGGGACAGGUGCGCCGCGUCAACCGCACCCCAGAACCCAGCCCGUGGAUCCCCACGCCGCAGCUGGUGGACCAGUAUGGCUAUGUAGUGGAGGAGUAUCACGUGACGACGGAGGACGGGUACGUGCUGACUUUGCAUCGUAUGCCGCCCAAGGGCUCCGCCAACGUCAGCCACCCGCCCGUCAUGGUGCAACACGGCCUCAUGGGUAGCUCCGCCGACUGGACGCUGCCGGGGCCGAUGAGGGGUCUGCCUUAUAUUCUGGUGGAUGAGGGCUACGACGUGUGGCUAGGCAACACGCGGGGCAACAUCUACUCCAGGAACCACACCACGCUGCACCCGGUGCGUGACAAGCAGAAGUUCUGGAAUUUCAGCUGGCACGAGAUGGGCGUGUACGACCUGCCGACGUGCAUCGAGCACAUCCUGCGGGUGACGGGCCAGAAGCGGCUGUUCUACAUCGGCUACUCGCAGGGCACCACCGCCUUCUUCGUCAUGGGCUCCGAGCGGCCAGACAUGUGCCCCAAGGUGCGCGCCAUGCUCGCCAUGGCGCCCAUCGCCUUCAUGAGCCACGUGCGCAGCCCGCUCAUCCGCAUGGCCGCCAGGUUCGACGGCAUGCUCACUGCGGUGGUGAACCAGCUGGGGAUGCACGAGCUGGUGCCGCACAACGAGUUCCUGGAGGGCCUCGGAGCGACCAUCUGCCGGUCGAAGGCUGUCUACAAGGACGUCUGCACCAACCUGCUCUUCCUCAUGGCCGGCUACUCCUCCAAGCAUCUCAACUCGACGCUACUGCCGCUCAUUAUGGGCCACACACCAGCAGGAGCUGCCAUGAAGCAGCUGAUGCAUUACGGCCAGGAAAUCAACUCUGGUCGGUUCCGGAAGUUCGACUACGGCCUGCGGAAUCCCGAGGUAUACGGCUGCCCCUCUCCUCCCGACUACGUGCUGUCCAGGGUGGAGGUCCCGGUCGCCCUCUUCCACAGCAGGAACGACUGGCUGGCGGCCACGCAGGACGUGAUGAAGCUAUACGAACAUCUUCCGAUGCGCAUCGGCAUGUUCCCGAUAGAAGACCCCGAGUUCACGCACCUCGACUUCAUGUGGGCCUUGCAGUCACGGGAGCUCGUCUACGACCGCCUCGUCAGAGUCUUGCAACGCUACUGA